AUGGCUGGAGAUCCGAAUUCGGAUACAGCCAUAGGAGCUGGGUCCAUCCCCAAUCGCCAAACCUCCACCCCUGAGCGCGAAUACCUGGAGCAGAAAUGGUCAGUUCCUGAUCCUGGUUUGCAAAUCGGUCAGGAUGAGAACACCCCUGAUGCCACUUCUGGAUACUCGGCUGUGCGACGAUUGGAGGCUUUGAUGCCAAGAAUCCCAGUUACGCGAUGGCCCGGGCGAUUGAAUGGAGUUUCCCGUAAAAGGCACAAUGCUGAGGUUGACUGGGAAGAGGCUGUGGGACCGACGAAUGCGGAGAGCCCGUGUACGCCGCCCAACAAGCGAAUGCGCGUUUCCAAGCUUGAAGAGCAACCUCCAAAGAAGCAGUCGCGCAACCAGGAACCCAACCUGGAAUCCAGCCAGGGGGAGAUUCAGGAAAGAGCUUUCGGAAUAGGUCCACCUAUGCGCAACAUGGACCUGUACGCCCGGCUCGGACCGCCCCAUGACUCCAUUGUUGACCGGCGUGGAAGUCCCCGGCGCUUUUUGCGGGGGACUACCACAGCCACCGAAACACGAUCUGCAUUGGAUGCGGACCCGGAGUUGGUUGUUACCAGUGAGAGUGAGGAAAAGGACGACUCUGACUCCGCAAUCGGCUCCGAUCCAACUAACCUUUCAUCGUAUGGUGAGAGUAUGAUGGACCACUUCGGUGUGGACCCCAACCUCAACCGAAACCAACACCGGACAGACGGAAAUCCCUUUCCCGACUCCUCUCUUAACCGAGACGAUGGUGUUAGAGGUUAA